UAUUCUACACUUGUAUGCAGAAUGACUUCAAAUAAAUUGUAAAGAAGCCAUGCUGUCAACCAAGGUAGUGGAACUACUGCACUUUGUCUAUCUUUGGACUUUAGUUAGCGGAAAUCAUGAAUUUAGUAUACCGAAGGGAUGCAAAUACAAAAAUACUAAAUAUCCGUUGUCUUCAGUUUCCUGGUCUUGCUUUGUUUUUAAUUGGAAUAAAAUGUCCUGCUGGUUUGACAUGGAAAAAUUAUUCAAUCAUGAAAGAAACACCAAAGAAAGUUACAACAUAACAGUGUCUUACGAAAUAAAUUAUAUCUCCUUCCAAUCUUUUACCGAAGUAUCGCUAAGCGACAGAUGUUUGCAGAAAUUAGACUUCACUGGUGAAGUCGGACACACGACUUUCACACUGAAGAUUUCUCAUUUAAAUAAAUCAAUGACUCGAGUAAUUCAAUUUGACAACAAACAAGCUGUUAAACCAGAAGCAAUUAAAGGCCUUCAGACAAAUCGAACAAAAUCUACAAUUCAUUUGGAAUGGAAAUGUCCAUCCACGUAUGAAGGAAUGGAGUUUCGAAUACGGUACAGAUCAGAAUAUACCAAAAACAACACUAUGAAGGAAUGGCAGGAAAGGAAAUACAUAUGGAAUAUGACUUAUUCAGACUAUAUGUUUCAUUUUUAUAACUACUCUUUGCCAUCCAACUGUAGCGUUACUUUAACCAACUUGACAGCCUUUACGAAACAUGAUAUAAUAGUGGAUGUCAUUCCAAGAAAUGGGAACCGAUCUGGAUUCUGGAGUUAUCCCUUCACAAUUACAAUUACAACAGACGAUGACAUUCCGCAGGCAGUGCCCGAAUUUUAUCCUGGAUAUUUCUCAAGUGUCAACGAAUCGUGUAUAAAGAUAUACUGGAAACCUAUACCUCGCGUGAAGAGAUGUGGGAAUAUAACUAACUAUAGAGUGACAAUCAUAACGUUAAAUGAUAAAGAGAGCAACAAGGAAAUACUAAUUCCACCCACAAAAAUAUCUUUAGACACUUUGAUUGAUCCUAAUCAAACCAAUCGGAUAGAACUAACACAGAGCAAUAGAAGAGGUUAUCCCAACGUCCCUGAUGCUCAUAUCUUUGUUUUUCCUGAUAACUCUCGUCCAGCUUUACCUACACAAUUUAAGGUAGAAACGCUGAACAACAGUUUGGUCUUAUUAACUUGGAAAAUAUCAUCUGAAACUGAUAACAGUUCGUUCAAAGAAUUGUCCACUGUAACUGUAGUGUGGUGUCAUGGAACGUUACCCAAUAUUUGUUUUGAACCAAUUGAGUCCAAGAUUUUCCCAUUGCAUAUUGAAAGCAUAAAUACGUUUACUGUUGUAUCAUUAGGCAAAGGGAAUUAUUCUGAUUAUAUAUACGGACUGACUCUAGGAGCAGAAACAAAAGAGGGACUGUUAAUAAGCAGUGGCAUAUACUGGUACGAGGACUGUGUUUAUCACAUUAAUGGAGAACCACCAAUUGGACCAGUAAUUGACAGAGUAUUACCAUACAACCAUAAUGCAGUGUUAGUUCAGUGGAACCGGCAUACUUGUCAACAAAGUGGAGGAGUUAUUGGAUACUUUUUAAUUCGAUUUUGUGAAACAAUGGGAAAAGCCUGUAAAGGACCUUACCAUAUUAGAAAUUCGUCCACCGAUAAGAGUUCUCACGUUUUGUCGAACUUGCGCAAUGGACAACACUACAAAAUCGAGGUUGGAACGAAACACAAAUAUGAGAAAACCAAUGGUCCGUGGAGUGAACCUGUUUACUAUGAUGUUCCGGAAGUUCAAGGUUCCCAAAACAUUAUAAUUGUAGUUGGCACAGCGGUAGCUGGCGUUGUUGCUUUCGUCAUUUUAAUCACUAUUGGAGUGAGAUUAUUAAGACAUAAAUGUAAGAAGGUCGACGAAGAGACCAGAAUUGAUUAUACAGUGUCAAUUAAAAAGACAACAAAUACGACCGAAUAUGAGUGUUUGCUGGAAAAAAAGAAAACGUUUGGUGGUGACAGUGGUUUUGAUGGGUCGGGUGAAUUACGAUAUAACGAUGCCGAUGAUUCUAAUGUUACAAGACUACAUAGACUUAAUAGUCAUGAUGCAAGUUCGAUGUUAGACGGAAUCGUAAUAGAUCAUUUCAAAGAGCAGACGUCUGAGCACAAUAACACUUCACAUAACGUUCCUAUUGAUAGUGAUAUGAAUGACGGUACCUACAGAGAAUUUAUAACUCAUAGCUCUGAUGAUGAUUCUGAUACUUCAUCUUCAGAAACAGACAGUCAGAUAUCUGAAGUGUCGUGUGACGGACAGCAAAUACAGCAUAGAAUAGAAGACAUUCCAGACAUUUUACUUCCUCGUUCAUCCCUAAAUGAAAGAUCGACUUUGGAAGAGACAAGUCUAACAAUCGAUUCAUAUUGCAAAGGUUACCAGAACAGGAAUGAAGAUGAAAGAAUCGAACCUAUCGUAAGAACAGUAAUUGACAAAAUAGCCACUGAGGAAUUCAUAUGAUAGAAUGAAGGAAACAAAAGGAGCAUAAAGUUCAAUGGAAAUUAACUAAAAAUUGUUGCAAACAAGUUAUCUCCCCAUAUCAAAACUAAUUGAAUUCCAUAUUGUCUAUCCAGUUUUCAUAAGGUGCAAAGAAAUUGACAAUUUUUGUAAGUGACAAAUAUAACAUUCCGAUAAAAAAAAAAGACGGGGGUUUGCGAUAUGAGAUUCAUAUUUAAAAAGCUAUUUUCAGUCUUCAUGAAUCUUUCAAUCAUCAAAUUGGUUUUCACACUUUUCAGUUUUCGGAUAGUCAUGCGGCGGAGAUAUUUCAAAAUUUUAUGAAACUUUUCUUUUUAUCUACUUAUAUAUAGUUAUUUCUUUUCUCAGAAAGACAGAUCUUUCAUUUAAAGAUCUUUCAAUUCAAUUUGCUUCAAUACAGAAGAUAAUAAAGUGUGUAAGGGAUAUUAUUUGAUAUGUAUUUGAUAAUGCAAAACUCAAAUACUUUGAAAACAAGCAUGAAUCCAUAUACUCAUGUGUAGGAUUUUGAAAAUCUUAUUCACACAUUGAAUUUUCGAAAUAAUAUUUUUACCAAACAUGUAUCAUGAUUUCGUACUCAGUUUGUGUCAGUCCUUAACACAUCUUUAUAUACUUUUUAACUGUAUCAAAGGAUUAAUUGUUCAAAUAUUUCUAAUUCCUAUACAAUAACAGCCAUUUACUUAAAAGAUUUGGAAUUUGGGAGGGAAUUAUACUAUUUAAUUCUGACUAAGUUAUUUUAAAUGUAUUGCCAUUUAAUUCGUUAAAAAUAGCUAAAAAAUAUCUUCUUCUCUGUGAUGUGAAAUGGAAAAAAUCAACACAAAAUCAUAGCUUCUCCCUAUCAUAAGCAUGAUUCAAUAUUUUACUCGCAAAGUGACUUUUUUCAAUUCAAUUGUACCUUGCUUCGUGAUAUAUCUUUUGUAACUGGAUAAUGAUUGCUAACGUUUAUAUCUAGACUAGAUUAAUUAGUAAUUUUAAUUUCACAUUACAAAUGAUGCGAAGGAUUUACUAGUAUUAAAACAUGCGCGCAUCAGAAAACAAUAUCCCACUUAAGCCGGUAGAAUAUAAUGCAAAUCUUUGCAGAAAAUAAGAUUUUUUUCGGUAUAAAAUUCAGCUAUAAAUGCAUAUUCUAAUAUAUUUUUCUUGUCGUUUAACAAACCUCGGGGUUUCAGGACUGCCCCAAAAAAGACCCCCUCCUACUGCCGGCCGUUCAUUAUAUUAAUCCUUACACUUUCGAUGUGUAAUACAGCAAGAAAACCCUAAACAUAUACAUUAUCUAUAUAAUCUAAUCCAAUAUGUUGCUUUAAUAUAAAACAAAAUAAUAGAAAAUGUAGUUGAAUUGUUAUGUGUGAUCUGUGUCGCACCUGAUUCUCACGGACAUUUACAUUAUACAUUUAUUAAUAAGACACCAAUGAUUUAUUAUAUUCUUAGGAAUGAUAGUAUAUAUAGGCAACUUAUGUCUUAUGAAAUACUUAGCGAGGGAUCGGUUAGAAGUACAUCCGAUCUUUUACCAGUUUUAGCCGAGAUAGUGUUGCAACAUAAUCCUCAUCAAAUAUUGAAUUCAUUUCGUAAGCUACCAUUAUGGCAUAAAAUAACUGAAGAUCAAAUCGAACAUUAACAAUUUUUAAACGAACCCUUUCAAAUUCUGAUUAAGAAAAUGGACUCGGAUAAUGCAGAUAUUGAUACCAUAUACAACGAUAUGAUACCAUAUACAACGAUAUGGUGACUAUUUAGUAUGCUGCAGCGGAUAAAACAGUUCCAAAGUGCGAAUUUAAUCCUUUAACUAAACCGUACUGGACAUCUGGUGUUAAGAUUGACCACAAGAAGGAACGAGCAUUACUAAUAGCCUGGGUUUUUGAUGGUCGGCCUAAAGGUAUACAUCACGAUUCAUAUAAGUUAUACAAGAGAUCAAAACAUGAAUUCCAAAAGAUACAACAGGCUGCAAAUGAACAAUAUAUACAACAAACUAACGAUGACAUUAAUAAGGCAGCUGAAUGAGAUAUCCGACUUUUUUGGAAACUUAUUAAACGUAAUAAAACUAUCUCGUCCAAAAUUUAACCUGAAAUAAUCUAAGAUGAUAAUAUAUGCAA